AUGGCCGCCUAUGCGCUUAGCUUGAAUUCUGAAACGACGGCAAUUGUGAGAUCUGAUUACGAUCAAGUAUCCAAACAUGGCUUUUCCAUCGAUCUGGUCGAUUACGGCACGAUCGAGAGUUUCAAGCCCCAGCAUGUGGCCAAGUCAAUUGAGGAUGCUGCACAGCUAGGGAAGUACGAUUAUAUCGUGGUGACGACGAAAAACAUCCCCGAUGUCGCUAAGGUGGAAGAGCUUAUUGAGCCACUAGUUAGCGCGGAGUCGACAAUCGUGUUGGUGCAAAAUGGCAUUGACAUUGGAGCUCCAUUUGUGGAGAAGUACCCGAAAAAUGUCGUUUUGAGUGGCGUUUCGAUGAUUUCAUCCACGAACUACGGUGGAAAAAUCACCCAUGUUGGCCACGACGAGUUGAUGGUGGGUGUUUUCCACAACCCUGCUUUGGAGGUUAAGCCUCAGGAAAUGGCUGCGAAAACUUUUGUGGACUUGUACAAGAAUGACAAGAACGACUGCGUUUUCGAUGAGAAUGUCAAAUUCACCCGCUGGCGGAAACUCGUCUACAACGCCACGUUGAACACCGUGUGCACUUUGACUGGUGUGGAUGUGGGGCGUUUGGAGCUUUUUGGCGGUAUGGACCUAGUCAGGAAGGCCAUGAGAGAGGUGCUCAGUGUGGCUAAGUCAGAUGGCGUGGAUUUGCCAGAAGACAUAAUGGAGUUUAUGAUUCGGUCCGAUGACGGAAACUACUACGAGCCUUCGAUGUUGGUGGAUAUCCGCAAAGGAAAUUACAUUGAGUUGGAGGUGAUUUUGGGAAAUGCCGUGAGGAUUGCUGAGCGCAACGGAGUGGAUGCUCCGACUCUCGCAUUGGUGUACGAUUUGUUGAAGGUGGUACAAAACCGGACAAAGGAAACCAAGGGUGCCUUGGAGGUGCCCAAGGAGCGGCCUGUUCCGGGUAAAUAA